CGACGUAGAGUUCCACUCGCGCUACACUAACAGUAUAGCGAAGGCAGCCUUGCCUGAGUGAAGGUGGCGAACGGGUACCAGUCUAUUGUUGGUGUUGCUCCUGGUUACCGUAGCGUCGGCGACUCGGCGGCAGUUGACGGACUUGUUCGAGUAGGCGUAGUCAAUAUGGAUAUGGAUGAUGCCACGGAAGAAAUGCCUAAGUAUGCGCUUAUACAUUGGGUUAAUGGAAAUUGCACGAGUAUUGUUAAGACUGCAGAUGUAUGCGACUUAACAAUGAUUGUCGAUAACCAGAAAAUUGGCAAAGUGAAGGCCGUGAUCGCAGGUAAAAGGGAACCACCUCAAGGAUGGCUGAAGUACGAUGCUCGGGUGUUGGCAACAAAUGAUAAAUGGAAAGUACUUGAGGAGUUUGAGAAAGAAUGGAUUGCGUCAGAUACAGAAGCUGACCUAAAUGCUACCGCUAGCCCAAGAGGCAGGCAGAGGCUGCAGAAAACGAAGGCAACGAAAAAUAUCGUCGGCCUCCACAAGUGACACCAACUGUGAGGAGGAUGCUGAUGAAACAGAGAUCGCGAUACCUAACAUUUCACAUCAAGUAAGUAGCGCGUAAUGUGUAUUCAGGUGUAAUUAAAUCCAAAAUCUUUCAGGCUGUACGUGGAAUAAAAGCAGGGAUGCAUGGAACAACAGCAAGCUCGCAGCAUAGCGCAUACGCUAA